GUGGCUUUUGAGAUGCUUUACUGUAGACAGUCUUUAACUUGUUUUUCUAAUCAGUUUUGCAGAAAGUGCUUUUAACCCUAUUUUUACAAAAAUCUUGUAUCUAUUCGUUUUUGGUAUGAGUUCGAUGGUUUGGCACCCAUCAUUCAGUAACAUAUAUUAGACCUAAUCAACAGAUAUCGAAUGUAUUGAUGUUGAUACGUUGACCCACUAUCUGGAAUUGAAAGUGAAUUUAAAAUGUAUUCAUUUAAAGUAGAGUGAUUUACUAUGUGUAUGGUCAUUUUUGUUAUUUCGUCAGCUGAAGCCGGGACGUUAAUGAGAAUAUAAUUUUUCCUCCAGGUAUUUGGAGAUAGUGGUUCAGUCUUAAAUCUCUAACAUUUUUACUGUAUCUUGGAACAAUUUGUAGAUCAAAUCAUGGUGGUCCGGUGCUUGGGUUUGGUUUCAGCUAUUUUGAAAACAGUUUGCAACGACAUAUCGUGAUUGUUUGCAUAUUUCGUUGAAGAUACCUUUCUUUAAAACUGCCUCCUAUCACAUUUAAAACUAUGCAAACAGAGUGUAAUAAAUGAAUGGGUAAUAAUGUAUUCUGCUUUUGUACCUAUUCGUUUAUUGAGUGAUUAUCCGUAUCCACUGGAAUGUUUAACAUGUUAUGACAAUUUCCUACUGGUCGGUACAAAACAGGGAUUAUUACUAGUAUAUGAAUUAACACCGAAAAUUGCUAGUCAUCCUGAAUUUUUCAUUCCGAACUUAAGUUGUUUAAAUAACCAUUUAAAAGAAAUUCCAUUCAAGAAUGAAAUUCAAUCAAAUGCUGUAUCAUCAUCUUCCCCUUUGCCCACCUUUUUCACUCAUGUAAAAAUUACACGAACACUUGGAAAAAAACCGAUCACACAAUUGACAGCUAUUCCUGAAUUAAAUUUAUUAUUAGCACUUGCUGAAGGUCGUAUGAGUGUAUAUCAACUUCAAAAUUGUCAGCUAAUUACAUCAGUACCAAACAGUAAAGGAUCUGGAUUAUUUACCCACUGUAUGCAAUAUUCAAAGGUUUCAACUGUAUCCUCAUGUAACAUAACAGGCAAUUCAUUAUCGUUAAACAAAUCACAGUCAUCAUCCUCUGAAAGUAUUUUAAAUGAAUCGAAAAAUUCUAAAGACUCAAAAUCAAAUUCUUUAGAAUUACGCAUUUGUGUUGGUGUGAAGCGUCAUUUAUACUUUUGGAGAUGGAAUCCUAAAACACGUGAAUUUGUAUGCCCUGGAGGAUCAGAUGAUCUACUUACACCUUCAUGGCCAAAUGAAAUGACUAUUCCAGAAGUUGUUCGAUCGAUUUCAUUUUGUGGACUAUCAAAACUUGUUGUAGGACAUCGAGGUGAAUAUUUAUUAAUCAAUAUUAUUAGUGGUGAGAUGCAGUUAAUUUCAGCUGUUGGCAAAAAUCAGUUGCCAAUAAUAACUUCACUUUCUCAUUGUUUUAAUUCAUCUAAUUUGAAUGAAUUUGAUUCUUCUUGUAUAUUUGAUAAAUUUUAUUUUUCUAAAAAUUCAACAAUCAAUUCAUUCAUUAUUAAUUCAGAAAAUUCAUUAAAUCAAUCCAUAUUAGAUAAUAAUAAUAAUGAUGAAAAUAAUAAUGAUCAAUCUUCAUUGAAUCAAUAUUAUCAGCCAAUGUUACCAGGUUCAUGUACAUUUCUAGGAAUUGGACGUGAUGAUAUAUUAUCUGUUAUUUCACCAUUUCAUGAAUAUAAGUCUAUAUUUCAAAUUAAAUGGUCAAAUGUACCAUAUCAAGUUCAUAUUUUUCCACCUUAUAUAAUUGGGAAAUGAAAAUAACUGAGGUGUGUAACUUCAAUAAAUAAAUCUCAAAUGCUAGAAAAUUAAUCUUCACCCUGAAACUAUGGAUAAUACAUUGGAAAUUCGUAUUUUAAAUCCUAAUAAAUUAAUCCAACAAUUGGCUAUAACUCGUGUUACAUCAAUGUGUUAUUCAAAAUGUGGAUGGUUUUAUGCAAGCACAGCUCCUGCCCCUACAACUAAUACACUUUUCUCUACAGAUUCUUUUUCUUAUCAACAAAAAGUUACUGUAACAGAAUCGAUCAAUAAUGAUUCUUCUUCUGUUGUACGUGGUAAAAAUAACAGCGGUAAUGAAAUUUGGCUUAUAUUAUCAGCGAACAGAUUAAAAUUUAUUCAAAAUUUAGUUGAAAAAAAGGUAAACAAUGUUAUUAAAAUCAUUAUUGUCUGCUUUUAGAGAUGGUAUUUAUAUCUGUAAGUGUAUAUAAAGGUGUGUAAUUAGCUAACUGUAUAAUUUAAGAGUAGGAAUUCUAACCAGCUUCAAUAUGUCAGUAUUUUUAUCUCUGCAUGUCUAAUAUACAAGUGGGGCAACUUAUGUAUUUAAUACGCAAUUAAAGAAUGUUGUAAUAAAAUAUGAGGACUAUACAUUGAAUACUUCAUUUGCAAAUUUCCACCAUUUGUCUUUCACAUUCUAUAUGGUUCUUCCUAUUCGCAAUUUCUUUCCAUUCUCUCCAACUUCUUAGCCUUCUGCUACCAGGGUUUUCACUUCCAUUUGGUGUCUGUCGACAUAAUUAGCAUACACCACAUACAUACAUAAAAGAAAUCGAUCAGUUAAAUUGAAUUCUUAUAAAAGUGUGUAAACAUCGUACUUUAAAAAAAAUUACAUAGAAUUAUAUUCACAUUGUUAUAAAUUGGUCAUUAUGUUCAUUGUGUUUAGGUAAUAAUAACACCUUAUGAUAAAGUAUUUUAAAAAGAAAAUAAUGGCCUAUAUAUUUCUAAAUUUACGCUACUAGAUUUUGAUGAUUGUGAUCCAAAGCAAGAUAAAAUUAAAGUGCACAAUACAUACAUUCUUUUUAUUUUCUAUUGUCUUAAACGACUGUUAUCUAAUAAAGCAUUUCAACUCUUAUUACUUACUUAUGCCUGUUACCCUUCGUGGAGGAGCAUAGGCUGCUCACCAGCACUCUCCAUCCAAUCCUAUCCUGGGCAGUUCCUCCCAGUUGUUAUUCAUCCUUUUCAUGUCUGCUUCCAAUUCCCGAAGUAGUUUAUUCUUCGGCCUUCCUAUCUUCCAUUUCCCUCCAAAAUUCUAUGUUAGGGCUUGCCUCGUGAUGCAGUUUGGUGAUUUCCGUAAUGUAUCCACUUCCAACAUCUUUUUUUAAUUUCAUCUUUUUCUAGAAGCUGAUUUGUCUUUUCCCACAAUAGGUUGUUGCUGCUUCGGUCUGGGCAUCCGGGCACUAUCCGAACCCAUACACAAAUCAAGUGACUUGUGUAUUCGGUGCCUCUUUUGUACCAAUAUUUAUGUGUUCAAAUAAAUAAAUAUUAGCUGUUGCUGAUGGCGUCCGACCAACGGAUAUCGAGUAUCUUAUGUAGAUAACUUUAUAAAUACUUGAUGAUGGUUGUUGUAUUUCCCCACAGUAGAACUGUCUUGAUGUUCUUAUUGAAGAUUCUGACUGAUGUUGGCUGACAGUUGUUUUGAGUCCCAUAUGUUCUUCAACUGGGUGGUGCUGACCUUGAUUUGCCAAUCCUUGUCUUAACAUCUGCAUCAGAUCCACCGUGUUCAUCGAUGAUGCUGCCCAGGUAUGUGGAGCUUCAGAACUUCUCCAUCACGUGUGAUUGGGUUGGUGUUCUCCGUGUUGUAUUUGACGAUCUUGCCUUUCCUUUGUGUAUCUUGAGGCCUACUGCUAUCGAGGCUGGUGCUACACUGGUUGUCUUGACCUGCAUUUUUUUCGUGUGUAUGGGAUAGGAGGGCCAGGUUAUCUGCUUAGUCCAAGUUGUCUAGUUCCAUCUAAGCUGUCCACUGCUUUUCGUGCUUCCCCUCAAAUGUCGAGGUCUUCAUAAUCCAGUCGACCACCAGGAGGAAAAGGAAGGGGAAGAGUAAGCAGCCUUGUCUAUCUUCGUUCCUCACUUGGAAUUCAUUCGUGAGCUGUCCUCCAUGCACGACCCUGCACUGUAGUCUGUCGUAUGAAUUCCGGAUAAUGUUGACGAUUUUCUCAGGUACACCAUGGUGUCGAAGAAUUUAGCAUAAGGUCCUCUUGUCCACACUUUCAAAUGCCUUCUCAUAGUCAAUGAAUUUGAUGUAUGGUGACGAGUUCCACUCAACUGAUUGUUCAACGAUAAUCCAUAGUGUUGCGAUUUGGUCUGUGCACGACCGAUCCUUACGGAAUCCGGUCUCUUGAUCACGAAACUAGAAAUCUACUGAGUCUUUCAUCCAGUUCAGCAACACUGUUGAAAACUUUUCCUGGCACUGACAGUAGUGUGAUUCCUCUGUAGUUCUCACAUUUCCUCAGAUUUCCUUUCUUUGGUGUUUUGAUGAGGUGUCGUUCUUUGCAGUUUGUCGGCACUUGUUCUUCCUGACUAGAACGUGGAGCAUGUUUGCAGUUACUUCUAUGUCUGACUUCGAUGGUUCAGGUGGUAUAUAGUCAAGUCCUGCUGUUUUUCCACUCUUGAUUUGUCUGAUGGCCAUCCUGAUUUCUUCGAUCGUUGGUGAAGUGACAUCUAUAGGAAGGUCUGUAGGUGUUGCUUCGAUGUCCAGUGGGUUCAUUGGAGCUGGUCUAUUCAAGAGGUCCUUGAAGUAUUCCACCCAUCUGUUCCUCUGUUCUUGAAUCUCGGUUAUAAUCUUGCCUUCUUUGUCCCUGAUCGGUCUCUCUGGUUUACCGUAAUUGCUUGCCAGUUUCUACGUUGUGUCAUAUAAUUGUUUCAUGAUUCCUUAUCUUACAGCUUUUUCCGCUGUCGUCGCUAGGUCUGUUUGUCAGCUCUAAUGCUCCUUAUCACUUACUUGUUUACUUCUGUGUAUUCGGCUUGUGCCUUGGCUUUCUCUGUUCUUGUUCGGUUUUUCUUAACUGCUAUCUCCCUGUUCUUCCUUUCUUGAAUCAUGUCUGGGGUUUCGGUAGAGAUCCAUUCCUUAUGAUUAUGCUUCUUGCGAUCCGGAACCUCCUGACAUGUUGGAGCGAGUUUUUUUUGCUUUUCCAGUUGUCCUUCAUUGUCGUUUAUUCUUUUUCGAGUAGAUCCUGUAAGGCUUGGAGCCUGUUGUUGAGAGUUAUUUUGAAUUCGUUGAGUUUGUCAGUAUGUCGAAGGAAGGCUGUAAUGAACCUUUGUAAUGCUGUUCCUCCAGUUUUCCAGUGUUUCUUUAUCUUCACUUUCAUCUUGGCCACAACCAGGUGAUGAUCUGAAGCUAUGUCAGUUCCUCUCCUAGUUCUCGCGUCUUCCAUUGAUCUUAUGGAUAUUUAAGUGACGCAAAUAUGUUCGAUCUGGUUCUGUUUAGUGUGAUCCGAUGAUGUAGCUUUGUGUACGCGUUUCUGUGGGAAUGUUGUGCCACCUAUAACCAAUUUGUUGAAUGCACGCAGAUUUGCAAAUCUCUCCCCAUCUUCGUUUCUGUCUCCCAGUCCAUGUCGUCCCAUGAUAUCUUCAUAUCUCGUGUUGUCCAUUCUGACUUGGGCAUUCAGGUCUUCCAUCAGGAUGAUGAGAUCCUUUCUUGGGUACUUUGCUAUGAUCGAGUUCAGCCUCUUGUAGAACUGAUCUUUAUUGUCGUCAUUGCUGUCAUUUGUUGGUGCAUAACAUUGGAUAACAUUCUUCGUAAUUCUCUCCUUUGUUUUGAAGGGUGUUUUGAUGAUCCUGGAAUCCCAUCCUAUAAGUGCAUUUCGUACUUGUGUGAACAGCAUCAGAGAAACUCCCUGUGUGUGCGACGCAUUUUCCUCUUCGUGACCAGAGUACAGCAGCAUCUCUCCCGUAUCUAGCCUUUAUUGUCCAGUUUGGAUUCAAUGGGUUCCGCUGAUUCGGAGCACUGCCAAGUUGUAUCUCUUCAUUUUUAUAGCUAUUUGAUUGGUCUUUCCGGUCUCCCAUUGUCCGGACAUUCCAUGUACCUAUAUAAGUUGUUUUUUUAGUUAGAAGGGGCAUCGGUCUUGUGACUUUCGAAAAAUCUCGGCUUUCAUCAUGAUGCAUCACAAUUCUUCCUUGAACUCGGAGGGCAGAGUUUAAAUUGUUUAAUAUGUUUCAUCUGGUUGACGCUUUUUAGCGAGAUUUUUUCUAUGGGAUGGGUUUGCCGAACCCUCUCCCUUUACCUGGGUUUGGAUAUUUCUAGAAGAGCUACAGAAGGAGUUAACUCUCUUAUAUGACAUAUAAACAAAUUCUAAACCUAAUCUAAACUUUUCGGAUGUCAACUACUAACCAUUACUUAAAUUAUUAUCAAAUGAAUAAACCUUAAGUAAGUUUUUAGUUCGAAGGACCAAUUGAAACAAAUGACCAUUGAACAAACACUUUGUUCAAGUUUUUAGUUCUGCA